UUGGGUUAACAACAUAAGCAAUCCCACAAAAAAUCGGAACUACCGGAUUUGACGCAUGGUCUGAUGUAGGUAUAUAGUUACUGGACUAAUAUCAAUCUUCAAGCGCUUUUAAGGCGCGGUAUGUUAUCAAUAAUUAAUCACUUUCACCUUUCAUUUUUCCGCUAUCCUUUUAUCUUCCUAAUUUGAUCUAUUCUAUGAUUAUCCGUACAGGAAAUGAGAACCCGUCCAGUCGAUGUGAAAAUGAAUCACUUUUCAAACAUGUAUCGUCGUAAAAACAAGAGCGUUAUUUUUUCGAGAGCCUUUUCGGCAACCCUCAAGCUUUACCUUCAGAAAACGAGCUUGCACGGUUUCAAGUAUUUAUUGGGAAAAUCGGAUCGCACGCUCUUGGAGCGGUGAGUUCUAAGGUUCGCCAACUCAAUUUCUUUUUAGAGUUUUUUGGUGCUUCGUCCAAAUCAUUGCGCUGUACUGCACGUUGGAGUUUGUGACGUUUUCCUGGUGGCAAUUUACAAACGAUCCGAUCGUGACAACCUCGCAAAGUGUCGACGUUUCGAUUCAGAACGUGCGAUUUCCAGGCGUUUCAAUUUGCGACUUGAAUCAAAUUAGUAGAGUGAAGGCGGAGAAGUACGCCGCCGACCUGGCGUUAAAGAGUAACACUUCGUACGAAGAGGUGUUUAAAAUGGUCAAGCUUUUGGGCAAGCUCAGCGACUUUGACUCGAGUGUCUUGGCAAAUCACCAACUUUUAGAAAUUCAGUCGUUCUUGGCUAUUUUUGAUGACUCAUCCUUGGGCCGUUUUGACCCCUAUCAAACAUUAAAGAUGUUGUCGCCGUCAUGCGAGGAUCUCAUUUCCGAUUGUUCAUGGAAUGGAGUACAGUACGACUGCAAUGAUCUCUUCAAUAACGAACGGACUAUGGCAGGUUUUUGCUGUACUUUCAAUUACAUCCCCUUAAAACGGAACCAACACCUUUCUAACUUUACAACCAAGAUUAUAAAAUUAAACAAUUAUCGUUUCUUGACGUCCAUAGGAGGAGGUUUGAAGAAGGGUUUAUCUGUGAAAAUUAAUCACAAUACCUCUGAUUACUUUUACACUUUGUUUUCUUCGUCGGGUGCAAUUGUAGACAUCUUCAAUCCGUCAGAUUUUCCCGACAUGGUAAGUGGAAACUUGCAACAAAGGUUGGUGCCGAUUGGAGUCGAAAUGUAUGUGAAGCUAUCGGCCACUCUGAUUUACGCAGCCGAAGAAGUCAGAAAAUAUCCAAUUCAAAAACGUAAAUGUGUUUUUCCUGAAGAAUCCAAAACCCUCUUCGGUGACUAUUCAACUCACAGUGAUUGCUUGCUGAAUUGUCGAUUGAAAAGCAUGAUUGCUUUGUGCGAGUGCAUUCCCCUGAUGUUUGCGAACACAUUCACUGGGGACGAUGUGCCUCAGUGCAGUUUUCAGGACCUUCCUUGCUUGUUCAAAUAUCAGCAUAAGUGGGAACGAUACUAUCCCUUCGAUUAUAACGGUGACGACAUGGAAGCUGAAAAACAGGAUUCCUUGGUUUGCUUGCAUUGUGUACCUAACUGCAGGGGGAUUUCGUACACUGUUCGCACAGAUUCAGAUGAACUGUUCGGUGAGAGUGACAAGCCACUAAAUCAGUCACUCCUUCACGUAUAUUUCGAUGUUCAAAAUGUUGUGGCUUUUGAGCACGACGUUGUGUACUAUUGGUUCGAUAUUGUCAGUAAUUUUGGAGGAAUGUUCAGUCUGACGAUCGGAUUAAGCCUAAUCAGUGUGGUGGAACUGGUGUAUUUCUUUAGCGUGAAACUCUACAAGGCUUGUGCUGAAAGAUAUUUAAAGACGUUUCCGCAAAAAUUCUCGUAAAAAAAACAUAUCCAAAGGCAAAGGUUUUUAAAAGACCAAAUAUUGUACCGUGUCAAAGGAAAACAAGAGACAAUCGAUGGUCGCUGGUUCGAGCACCAAAGCGGAAUAUAUAUAAAGAGCCCGGGCCCGGGUAUAAUUACUACUGUAUUGUUGUUAUGUAUUCUCAAUCACCGAUUGGCACAAAGUUGGGGUAUUGGAUGUACAGUCAUUGACAAAAGUAAUGAUCCCCGAAUAAGUAAAUCUUACAGCAUAGGCAACCAACAUUUGAAUACAUUGCAAUGGAAAUGCAAACCGCCAAAGGUAUCUACUUCUUGAAAAAGCCGACGGAGCUCCAUGUAAUAAACCUGUUGGUUGCUUAUUAUGAUACAAAGUUUACCUAUUAGGCGAUCAUUACUUAUGCCAAUGACCGUACAUACAAUAUAAGCAGCUACUCUUAGUAUUAGAUAAAAAAUACUAGUCAGUUGUUUGAAAACUUCAAUAAAAAUAAAUUGAUAUUUU